CAUGCCCCAGCCCCGCUGUCCCGGCCGGGCUGCCCCAGCCCCCAGCCCCGGGCCCGGCUGUCACCGUGUCCCCGCUGUCCCCGCAGGGCAGGCGCUGGCGCUGGCGCUCGCGGCCGCGCUCUGGGGCGGCUCGGGGCCGUUCCUGCGCGCGGCGGCGGCGGCGGAGGAGCCGCGGGGCCGGGGCCGCCUGCGGCAGCUGCUGGCCGAGCUGCGCCGCCUCUGCCUCGACCGCCGGAAUUCCCAGCCCUGCCAGGUGUCCUGGGCUGGGCUGGCACCCCCGUGCCAGGCGGGACCCGCAGCAGCCCCGUGCUCUCCUGCAGCACCUGGUGCCCGUCCUGCUCAACCAGGCUGGAUCCCUGCUCUUCUACCUCACCCUGGCCUCCACAGACCUGUCCCUGGCAGUGCCACUCUGCAACUCCCUGGCUUUGGUUGUGACCUUGGUGACUGGGAAAAUCCUGGGAGAGGACAUUGGGGGGAAAAGGGCUGUGGCAGGAAUGCUGCUGACCAUGCUGGGAGUGUCCCUGUGCCUGGCUGGGGCCUGAGCAGCAGCAGGGGCUGCUCCUGCCUCAGCCCCAGCUGCGAGGGUGUUUUGGGAUGGCCAGAUCCAUGGAGUGCCCUCCCCGAGUGCCAGCACUGCAGGGACAGCCACUUCUGUGCCUUGAGGGGGGCUUGGGGGCUCUUUGCAGAGCAGUGUCCUGUGCAGCACUGCAGGGGGUUUGAUCCCCCAGGAUCUGGUCCAGGAUCAGGAGCAGCCAGCAGGUUCCCACCAGGAUUCCUGGAUCAGCAGCUCGUGUCCCCCCACGCCCAGGUGCUGUCACCUCCCUGUCGUGGUUUGGGAAGUCCCAAAGGUCCUGGCCUGUCCUGGACACAGCCAUGGACACAGCAGGAGAAAUCAGGGAGCCAGGCAGGAACAGGUUCAGCAUCAGGAAAAGUUUUUUAUUUACAAAAAUAAAAAGAAUUCCAGAGC